CCAUCCGCUGUUGGACGCCCCAAUCCACAGCAACGUAGAGGGCGUUCGCGCGUGCAUCGAAUCGCUGCUCGGAGCCGCCACAAGCUGUUGACAUCCCCAUGGGAGCGGAGACGAACAUCUCGCCGCAGCUAGAGCCGGCCAAGUCGCGGGAGACGGAUACUCUACUCAACGACGAUCAGAACUGGAUGACGGUGCUGCAGGAGUCUGUGUCGUUCAGGCGGUUACUGUCCGAGCCACUCGAGUGGGAUACCACGGGGCAUGUCUCGCCAGCAACGAUGGCGCAUGUCCAAUCACUGCCGACAGCUCAGCUCGAUCUGCCAGUACAUGCCGCGGUGUUCGGACGUCAAUCUGUGUCCUCCAACUACUGUGCUGCGCACAUUGGAAGUUCUGAACCAGCCCAGAGUUGUAAUCCAUGCUUGCCCGUGGCUCGUUCAUUAGUAAGUCCAACACAUAUUGGAGGAGCCGAUCUCUAUAUGGUAAGUUCAUCCUCUAAUCUCAUUAAAUAAUGGAUUUAUAUAUGGGUAUCCAUAUAGAAUUGAAACCAACAUGUCGUCCUAUUAGGACAGUUAAACUAAAUGAAGCAACAAUCGUUGCCUGUAGUGAGGAAGAUGUAAUAGUAGGCAAUAGCAGUCUGCAGCUAUGUAAAGAGGUGUGGCACAAUGUUCGUCCGAACAUCCUUUUUUGAGAAUAUAAGUUUUGCUUUUCAAUUGUUCUCCACAAUGUAGCCCUUAAUGAUAGGAAACGUUGCAUGAAAGACUCUGAUUAAGCGUUGAUGUGCGAAAGCAUUAUCACUGGAAAAUAUUUUUGAGCGCAUAUAGGCACACAAGAAGGUGCCUCUUUGUUUGGCCAUUUCCUUUUGUGAGUCAUGGAUUACUUCUAGACAGGGGUAGAGUGUCACAACUCUUAGGCAACUGUUCAAUUGUAUGUCAACAAAUGAACGAAGAGGAAAAAUAUGUUAAAGUUAAUUUGUA